AGAUUAUUUUUGGGGCAAUUCCUAGUCGAUGGUAGUGGUAAGUGGAGUGAGAACACUUUCGGUUGCUUCGUCCUAGUUUUGAUUCUGAAUAAGGAUCGAAGAAAAUGAGAGGAUUGUCCCUCUUUCGCAAAACCCCAUUCUCAUUGCCACUUCGUACUAUCUCUUUGGCUUUGUUCUGCACUUCCAACUCCAACACGAAGGUCAACAUAUUCGAUCGCCAACUCAAACGCAAACACCGCGAUCGAGCUGCGUGGUUGAUGCCUUCUCACGACCCUUUGCUGCACACUGUCGCCGAUAACCUCUUGGACCGUUUGCAGGACUGCAAGAAGACUUUUCCAACGGCGUUGUGUUUGGGAGGCUCAUUGCAAACCAUCACGCGCUCAAUUCGCGAUCGCGGUGCCAUAGAGAAGCUUAUUGUGAUGGAUGCUUCCUUUGAUAUGCUUCAAGCUUGUAAGAAUGCCUCAAACAAUCAUGACAUUGAGACAGUGUAUCUCGUUGGUGAUGAAGAAUUUUUACCCAUCAAAGAAAGCUCUGUGGAUUUGGUUAUUAGUUGCUUGGGGCUACACUGGACUAAUGAUUUGCCGGGAGCAAUGAUACAGUCUAGAUUGGCGUUAAAGCCCGAUGGCUUAUUUUUAGCAGCUAUUCUUGGUGGAGAAACAUUAAAGGAGCUCAGAAUAGCUUGUACGCUGGCGCAAAUGGAGCGUGAAGGAGGGAUCAGUCCCCGAGUAUCACCUUUGGCACAGGUUCGAGAUGCUGGAAAUCUUUUGACCAGGGCAGGCUUCACCCUUCCAGGUGUUGAUGUUGAUGAGUAUAUAGUUAAAUAUGAAAGUGCUCUGGAGCUUAUAGAACAUCUUCGUGCAAUGGGUGAAACAAAUGCUCUUUCUCAAAUGAACAGUAUCCUAAAGAAGGAUACAGCCUUAGCAACUGCUGCUAUAUAUGAUUCAAUGUUUUCUGCAGAAGAUGGCACUGUACCUGCUACUUUCCAGGUUAUAUACAUGACGGGGUGGAGGGAACAUCCUUCUCAACAGAAAGCAAAAAGAAGGGGAUCAGCCACUAUAUCUUUCAAGGAUAUUCAGAAUCACUUUGGAAGCCAGAGUUGAUUGUUCCUUCCCCUUGAUUUUGAGGCCAUUAUAUGCGUGAGUACUCUUAAGUUGUUACCGUACCCAUAUCUGCUGUAGGUGCUUGUUGGGUACCAUGGUACGUAGCUAACAGUUUUUAUUCCCCUUCAAAUUUCACUUUGGCUACUUCUUGGUCAAGCAUGGGAAUGGGUCGGUAUCACUCAAGAAUUACGUCAUGUAAAAUUCCCAAUUUUGCUACCAAAUUGUUUGCUUUGAAACUAAAUGAGACAAUUUGUUAUCCAUCUUUUGAUGUUUUAUGAACUUUUAUUCUGAAUUUAGAGUUUGAACAUUAUGAAAUUUUAUUUUCC